AUGUAUGCCAUAGCCAUCUUGGGGAACGUCGCCAUCCUCUUCGUCGUCAAGAAGGAGCCAACACUCCACGAGCCCAUGUACUAUUUCCUCUGCAUGCUGGCUCUUGCCGACCUGGUCCUGUCUACAUGCACCAUGCCCAAAAUGUUGAGCCUCUUCUGGUUCAAUUCCAGGGAGAUCGAUUUCAGAGCCUGCCUAACCCAGAUGUUCUUCAUUAUCUGUUUCUCAGGAAUCGAGUCUGGGAUUUUGGUGGCCAUGGCCUAUGAUCGCUACGUGGCCAUUUGCCAUCCCCUGAGACAUUCCACCAUCUUGACGAACACAGUAGUGGCCAGGAUUGCCCUGGCUGUGGUGCUGCGUGGUACCAUAGUCUCACUGCCCUACCCCUUGCUGGCGAGGCAGUGGCCGUAUUGCAGAACCAACCUCGUCCCUGAGCCGGUCUGCGCACACAUCGCCGUGGUGAAGCUGGCCUGUGCUGACACCAGUGUCAGUAGCUCCUACGGCCUCUUUGGCCGGUUUGCACAGAACGUGCCCCCAUACUUCUAUGUUCUUAUCGGCAAGAUGUACCUUUUUGUCACCCCCAUGAUAAAUCCCAUCAUCUAUGGGGUGCGGACCAAACAGAUCUGGGAGCGCCUGCUCCGGCUCUUUACCCCUAAAGGGAACUAG